CUUUUGAAACCGGAAAAGAGUCUCACACUGGUUGAAAGAAGCGGUAGGCUUCAUCUUCAACAGAAUAUUGUGUUUCGCCGGAGUACUGUCAAAGAGAAUGGGGUUUACAUGUGUGUGCCAGGUUCCAGUGGCAGAGGGAAAGAGCGUGCAGCAGACUGUGGACAUGCUGCACAAGAAACUGGAACAGCUUGGAGCUAUAAAGCACGGCAGCUUCUGGGUGGACUGUGAAACGUAUCAUGCCACUGGCAACACUAGCGGCCAGCCUACCAAGCUGCUGUAUGUCAUGCACAACUCUGAGACUCCCCUCAGCUGCAUGGCCCUGUUUGAAGGUGGGCCCGCUCUCACAGCAGACGUCAAUUUCGAUGUGCUCAUGCUGAAACUCAAGAGCCAUUUCCAGAACGCCAAGGGCCACAAAGUGGAGAGCCGCGGCACCCGCUACCGAUACUGCGACUUCCUGGUGAAGGUGGGGGCGGUCACCAUGAGCUCCAGUGCCAGAGGAAUCUCUGUGGAGGUGGAGUACUGUGCCUGUGUGGUCCCAGGAGACUGCUGGAAUCUCAUGAAGGAAUUUUUGCAAAGCUUCUUGGGGGCCAAUGUUCCGGAACUGCCUUCUGUCUUUGCCACAAAACCUGAAGGACUGUAUGCCCCUUCAGACUGCAUAGACACCAUGACCCAGUACCUUGAGCUUUUCAGCAAAGUUCGAAAGCAGCAAGUGAUUCCAGGAGGAGGAAGCGUACGCUAAGAUCACCUCCAGGGAAUGCUGAGUAGUACCAACAAAAAGGACUUCCAAAACUGCAGAAGCUGUUACUCUGUUGGUGGCUGGGUUUUAUACCUUAAGGCCUCAAGAAUGACUUUCAGACAUGACAGUUUCAAACAUUCCUACACAAACUUGUAUAUUCACCAGCCUAUGAUGUGGAACUGUGUAAACAAGAAUAUUCAGACUGCAAGUCUGUAUAACGUAUCAUUUUUCCAGUGUAUGUUUUGUGUUAUCCCUCCAUUUUGACAUAGUUGGAGUAAACUAAUAUUUUUCUUGA